UUCAGGAGCGGUCUAUAUUUUGUAUACGUGGUUACAUGUCACUCAGGCACCAAUACAACAAAGGCCUGGUAAAACGGCGAACAAAUUAUGGGCUUAGAGCAAAAUGGUUAACGCUCUGUCUAAUUCUUUUUGCCAUAGAACUGGUAAUCGUAUACUUUCGUAUACACGACGUAAUACUCGUCAUUUCGUUACAUCUCAACAUCAAGUUGGAUUGGAUUCGUGGCCUCGAAACGAACUGCGAAGCCGUACCCGGUCACAAUUCAUUGAAAGACAGUCGGGCACUGUUAAAUGGAGGCGAAAACGCGUCCCCUCUGCCAUUUUGCCCCGAGAUGCCUCCAAAUCUCUUAGGAAAACAGGAGCUUGGGAACGAAGACGAGGACGUUAGCUUGGACGAUCUAGUAAAAAACUACACGUUGGUUGAACCUGGUGGGCGGUUCAAACCGGCGCAAUGUGUCCCUCGUCACAAGGUUGCGAUUAUCGUCCCGCACCGUAACCGUGAGAGACACCUACGGCAGUUUCUAAAAGCUAUACACCCUGUUAUGCAGCGGCAGCAAGCCGACUAUGGUGUUUUCGUUGUUCACCAAUCCGGCACCGGCACAUUUAACAAAGCAAAGCUGUUAAAUAUCGGCUACACUGAAGCGCUGAAGCAGGAUGAUUAUGAUUGCUUCAUCUUUCACGAUGUCGACCUGCUCGCUGAGGACGACCGCAAUCUGUACCGAUGUGCCGAAGUACCCAGACAUUUAUCUGUUGGUAUCGACAAAUGGGAUUACCAACUGCCAUAUGACGCACUGUUCGGUGGAGUUAUUGCAAUGACCAAAGACCAAUUUGCCCAGGUCAACGGGUAUUCGAACGAAUACUGGGGAUGGGGUGCAGAAGAUGACGACAUGUAUGUGAGGAUUCUGCAUAGCUGUCUUGGUUUAGAAAGAGCACAAUAUGACGUUGCACGGUAUCGAAUGGCCUACCAUCCUUCGGACAAAAGCAACCGAGUAAAUCCAUAUCGUUACACCUUACUAGUUGGCGCCGCCGAGCGACAGAGGCACGAUGGAUUAAACAACCUUCAUUACAGCUUGGUAGAAAAAACACAGCUACCAUUAUACACAAACAUAUCCGCUGAUGUAGGAAAACCACCGCUUAACCCUAAAACAGUAGGUUUCGGUACGGGUAUUGACAUCGUUGUGAGCAUAUCUCUACUCUUGCUUAUGCUAACGAUGACGUGUUGCACCUGCGUAAAAUCCCGCUUGCCGCACGUCCUGUUGUGCCCACGAAGAAUACCAUAAGUGUUUUCCUAUGAGUCAAACGUCGGUUCUUUGUAGCUAGUUAAAUGUCCGAACUGUUUAAAAACUUUCUACUUUUUCGUAGAUGCGCAGACAUUCGAUAGAAAACAGGUAGUUCCCUCUAAACGAGCAGGAUUUUUUCCCUCGUUAUAUUUAUUCUUCUUUACACCUGAUAUACAUAAAACAUAUACUUUCCUAUGCUGUCUGUAAAGCCAUAUAUAUAGCAAGAGAAUAUGAAAGGCGUUGAAAGUUCAAAUGAUAGGCUUGGCAGUAAAUUACUUACCUAGCUACCUAGAAUGAACUAGAGCCAUGAUUCCCUGCUUCAAAUUCUAUUUUUUUAUAAACGGAUCUAUAAUUCUCCUAAUGAGUUACGAGUGGCGAUUGAACCUUGUAACUUUUUCAAAACAUUUAUCGUGAUUUGAAACCUAAGGGGUUUCUUCCUAUAUAUUUGUAUAUAUAUAUAUACACGUGUACCAAAAACGCAAAUCGCUGUUUCACUUAUUUUCUUAUUUGAAACCCCCUUUCAUUUCACUCGUAACGAAGGCGAUGUAACAGCAUUAGGAUAAUCUUGUAACUUAUUUUGUUGUACAAUGUAAUCGUUCGUUUAUUCUCCAUAAUGUAUGUAAUCGUAUUCGGUCGAUUUUGUGGAAUAUUUUUCCAAUAUUUUUUUGAACAACUCGUAAAAUGCACCUUUACCUAUGUAGUGCAUAAACAUGUUACUCGUUCCAUAACCCAGAUUUUACGUAUCAAGAAAAAGCGUUAAACGGAUCAUAGCUUCAGCAUACUAAACGAAUCGUUUGUGCCAAUCUGUUAUAGAAUUCCUAAUAUUUUACGUCCAUACCAACUCGCGUUCCUACCACGUUUUAACAAGAGCAUUAAGCCCUUUCACAUAACACGGUGUGUACCAUCUCUCUUUUUACUCCCAACUUUUAUUUUGUUGUUCCGGUAAAUUGACAUGAGUACUCAUUCCUCGGUUUAUUAUUCUACACGUAAUGAUUCAUAACUCUGUUUGCCUUUGUAUCACAAACAAAGGCGCUGCUCGGCCCGACGGUUCUAAGCCAGGGCGUGCUUUAUAUUGCAACGAAUGUUUGUGCCUUCGGCACACGUAUAUAAACAAACAGAGCGUCGUUCUUUGUUUUUCUUGCAAAACACGUUCGUUGAACGACGCUUUGCGUAUAAUCUUUUCCUCUUUAUGUCAAUUGAAAUUUAUAAAGCAUGUUCGUAAAUCUAUUUCAACGUUGGCUAUUUUCACAGUGACCGAAUGAAUCUGUUUUUUUUGUUCUUUUCAAUUCCCCAAAAUUUCAAAACACUAAAGCUGUUUCUAUUUGUCAUUUCAAUGCAGCGGUCGACUCUACACCUCAAGGCAUUUAUGAAACUAAAAUUUUUUGAAGGUAUUGCAAUUCGUUGCGAUAACACCUGAAUUUAAUUGGAAUUACACUUAAUGCUAACAUAUUAACACUGUGAACUUACAUCAAAGCUAAUGAUAUAAAAUGCUAAACCAUA